GUCUCAUUGGUUGCCUUUUACCAAAGAAUCCACUUUUCCAUCAACACCUGUGCUUUCAACGUCGCAUCGAGAUGGAAGAAGAUGACUUAUCCUCUUUUUCCAGCUAUGGCCUACAAUGGUUCCUCAAAGAGCUAGACAAGGAAGAACUUCAGGCAUUUAAGGAACUACUAAAGGAGAAAUCCUCAGAAUCAGCAAUAUGCUCUGUUCCACAGGCUGAAGUAGAUAGUGCCGAUGUGGAACGUCUAGCCUUCCUCUUGCACGAGUACUACACAGGACCUCAGGCCUGGGCAAUGUCUCUUAACAUCUUUGAAGAGAUGAACCUGCCAACACUCCUUAAGAAAGCAAAGGAUGCGAUGAAAAAAAUUUCACAAGCUGAGGAACAAGAUGAUGCCGUACCUACAGAGACAAAAGAACAAGAAAUUUCUCAAGCUACAAAACAAGAUGGUGCUACAGCAGCAGAGACGAAAGAACAAGGUGACAAAUGGACCUACAAGCGCCACGUGAUGACCAAAUUCUCCACGAAGAUGAGUGUGUAUCAUGGUUCUGAAAGAUCUGCUUCUGAGUGGCCAGAAGUGCAAAUAUUGGCUAGUGCUUUUACUCCAGACCAGGGGGGCUUCCAACCUCUCACUGUGGUUCUGCAUGGAAAAUCAGGAAUUGGCAAAUCAACUUUGGUCAGAAGGAUCAUGCUGAGCUGGGCGAGAGGUGACCUCUACCAGGGCACAUUCUCCUAUGUCUUCCUUCUCCAUGCUAGAGAGAUAGAAUGGAGGCGGGAGAGCAGCUUUGCAGAAUUAAUUUCCAGGGAGUGGCCAGACUCCCAGGCUCCAGUGUUGGAGAUCCUGUCCCAACCAGAAAGGCUCUUGUUUGUACUUGAUAGUUUUGAUGACAUGGACUCUGCCCUCAAAAAUGGUGACCCACGGCUCUGUGAAGACUGGGGCACAAGGCAGCCCACGUUCAUCCUGAUACGCAGUCUGCUGCGGAAAGUCCUACUCCCCAAGUCCUCCCUGAUAAUCACUGUCCGGGAUGUGGGCUUAGACAAGCUUAAGUCGGUGGUCGUGUCUCCCCGUUACCUGUUGGUCGGAGGGAUCUCAGUGGAAAAAAGGCUUCAAUUACUCCUUGAGCACAUUCCUGAUGAGCAUCAAAAGAUGCAAGUCUUGUGUCUGGAUAAUUGUGAGCUGUUGGACCAGUGCCAGGUUCUCACUGUGUGCUCGCUAAUCCGUAAAGCUCUGGAGCUGCAGAAGACAGUGGGAGGAAGCAGCACCCCUGUGUGCCAGACUCUCACCGGCUUGUAUGCCACUUUCAUGUUCCAUCAGCUCACACCACAAGAGAUGUCCAAGCCCUGUCUCAGUCGGGAAGAGAGAGCUGUCCUGAAGAGCUUGUGCCGUAUGGCUGUAGAGGGUGUGUGGGACAUGAAGUCCGUGUUUGACAGCGAUGACCUCAUGGUACACGGACUCAGAGAGGACGAGCUCUGCGCCCUAUUUCACAUGGACAUCCUCCCCCGAGACAGCCACUGUGAGGAGAGUUACACUUUCUUCCACCUCAGCCUCCAGCACUUUUGUGCUGCCUUAUACUAUGUCCUGGAGGGACUGGACCGAGAGGGUAUCUGCCCUCUGUUCAUUGAGAAGAUAAAGAAUUUGAUGGAGCUGAAACAAACAGGCUUCAAUACUCACUUACUUUGGAUGAAGCGUUUCUUGUUUGGCCUCAUGAGCAGGGAUGUGCUUCAGUCCCUGGAGAGGCUCCUCGCCUGCCCCAUCCCCGUAACAGUGAGACAGAAACUCCUGCACUGGGUCUCACUGUUGGGUCAGCAGCCCGGCCCCACUGCCCCAGUGGAUACCCUGGACUCUUUCCAUUGUCUGUUCGAGACUCAGGACGAAGAGUUUGUUUGCUUGGCAUUGAACAGCUUCCAAGAAGUGUGGCUUCCAAUUAACCAGAAAAUGGACUUGAUAGUAUCUUCCUUUUGUCUCCAGCGCUGUCAGCAUUUACAGAAAAUCCGGGUUGAUGUCAAAGAGAUCUUCUCCAGGGAGCAGACAAUGUGGCCUGGGAUUCCCCAUUGGAUGCAGAAUAAGGUCUUCAUUAAUGAACAGUGGAAAAAUUUCUGCUCCGUGCUCUGUACCCACCCAAACCUGCAACAGCUGGACCUGGGAAGCAGCAUUCUGAACGAAUGGGCCAUGAAGGCACUCUGCGCCAAGCUGAAACAUCCAACCUGUAAAAUACAGAAUCUAACGUUCAAAAAUGCACAGAUUAUGUCUGGUCUUCAAUAUCUCUGGAUGACUCUCAUCACCAACCGCAACAUAAGGCACCUCAACUUGGGAAGCACCUACCUGAAGGAUGAAGAUGUAAAAAUAGCAUGUGAAGCCUUAAAACACCCGAAUUGUUUGCUAGAGUCUUUAAGGUUGGAUCACUGUGGACUGACUCACACCUGUUACCUAAUGAUCUCCCAAAUCCUCAUGUCCACCAGCCUGAAAUCUCUCGGCCUGGCAGGAAAUAAGGUGACAGACCAGGGCAUGAAGCCCCUCUGUGAUGCCUUGAAGGCUCCACAGUGCACCCUGCAGAAGCUGAUGUUGGAGAACUGCAGCCUCUCAGCCCUCAGCUGCCAGGUCCUGGCCUCAGCCCUUGUCGGCAACCGGAGCCUGACGCACCUGUGCCUGGCAAACAACUGUCUGGGGAAAGAGGGUGUGAGCCUGCUGAGCCGGUCCCUGAGGCUGCCGGGCUGCAAUCUACGGAGGCUGAUACUAAAUCAUUGUGGCCUGGACAUAACUGGCUGUGGUUUCCUUGCAUUUGCACUGAUGGGCAAUGCACGCCUGACACACCUGAGCCUGAGCCUGAACCCCUUGGAGGAUGAUGGGAUGAAGCUUCUGUGUGAGGCCAUGAGGGAACCAUCUUGUCAGCUGCAGGACCUGGAGUUGGUGAGGUGCCAACUCACUGCCACGUGCUGCACAGAUCUGUCCUAUGUGAUCUCAAGAAGCAAAUACCUGAAGAGUUUGGAUCUUGCUGCCAACACCCUGGGUGAUAGUGGGGUCAUGGUACUGUGUGAGGGGCUGACCCAGAAGAAGAGCUUGCUGACCAGACUCGGGUUAGAGGCAUGUGGGUUGACAUCCGAUUGCUGUGAGGUGCUUUCCUCAGCCCUCUCCUCCAACCAGCGGCUGACCAGCAUAAACCUGGUGCAGAACAACUUCAGUCCAGACGGGAUGAUGAAGCUGUGCUCAGCCUUUGCAUGUUCCAUGUCUAAUCUACAGAUAAUUGGGCUAUGGAAGUGGCAGUUUCCUGCACAAAUACAGAAGCUGUUGCAGGAGGUGCAGCUGCUCAAGCCCCAUGUCAUUGUCGAUGGCAACUGGUACUCUUUUGAUAAGGAGGACCGGUACUGGUGGAAGAACUGA